UCCGAAAGGAUGAAAGCAAAGUCGACCUCAGCGGAAUUUGAACUCAGAACACGAAGACUGACGGAAUGCGGCUAAGCAUUUUGCCCGGCGUGCUACCGAUUCUGGCGACUCGCCACUCCGUAAGCGUCGACCUUAGCUGAAUUUGAAUUUUUCCCGAGUCACUAAAAAUUCAGCCAAAUACCUAAAGAUAAAUAAUCUCUUCUAUUAUAGGCGCCAGCCCUGAAAUUUCGGAUGAGGGGAGGGGGCUAGUCUAUUACUUCGACCUCUGCUCAGUUAGCACUUUUUUCAUCGACUCCGAAAGGAUGAAAGACAAAGUCGACCUUGGCAGUAUUUGAACUCAAAACAUAAAGAUGGGCAACACCUGUAACCUUAGGGCUGGUUCUGCUCUCAGAGAGUAAAGAAACGGACCUAACAAGCGAGGAAACCCGAGGGGAAGCAUAUAUAUAUUGGAAUCCUUCUAAAUUAAAUUAUCAGUUUGGUAUUUAUUCUAUUGACUUUCUAAUCUGUAAAUAUGCAUACGUCUGCAUUGAAAAGAACAUUUGGUGUUUUAAGUCAAACCAAACAAAUCAUUGCUCCUGCAUUAAGCACUUCAUUUUGUCGAUCCACUCAUCACAAUCAUUCUUCAGAUGAAGGUAAUCAAAGAGUGUUGAUUACAGGAAGUCUUGGACAGUUGGGUUCUGGUCUGGCUAAAGUAAUGAGAAAAAAAUAUGGAAAGAACAAUGUUAUUAUGUCUGACAUAGUGAAACCAGACAAAUCUGUUUAUAAUGAAGGACCUUUCAUUUAUGCAGACAUUCUGGAUUACAAAAACUUGCAGGAAAUUGUUGUGACUCAUCAAAUCGAUUCUGUUGUUCACUUUAGUGCCUUACUGAGUGCCAUAGGAGAGAGUAACUUCCCACUGGCAAUGAGGGUGAAUAUUGAAGGAGUUCACAAUAUACUUGAACUGUGUAGACAGUAUGGCCUGAAAUUGUUUCUUCCUAGUACAAUUGGUGCUUUUGGUCCUGAUUCCCCUCGAAAUCCAACUCCGGAUUUAACAAUCCAGAGACCAAGGACUAUAUAUGGUGUUUCAAAAGUACAUAGUGAAUUACUUGGAGAGUACUAUUAUUAUAAAUUUGGUGUAGAUUUCCGAAGUCUUCGCUUCCCUGGAAUUAUAUCUGCAGAUAGCAACCCAGGUGGAGGAACAACAGAUUAUGCAGUUCACAUAUUCCAUGAUGCCAUGUCUACAAAGAAAUUUGAGUGUUUCCUGAAACCUGACACAAGAUUGCCCAUGAUGUACAUUGAUGACUGUCUUGAGUCUGUAGUAAAAUUUAUGUCCACUCCAGCAGAUAAAUUAACACUGAGAACUUAUAAUGUAAAUGCAAUGAGCUUUUCACCAGCAGAGCUUGUGGAACAAGUGAAGAAAUUUGUACCUGAUCUGGAGGUUACAUACAAACCAGAUGAUAGACAAGCCAUUGCUGAUUCCUGGCCAGAACGUUUUGACGACUCUGGAGCACGCAAUGAUUGGAAUUGGUCUCAUAAAUAUGACUUGCAAGAAUUAUGCCAAGUUAUGUUUGAACGCUUGAAAUUGAAACAAAAUCAUUAAUGGAGGCUGAUAUAGGUUAAUCUAAAAAAAAAAUUUAAUCUUUCCACUUAAUUUUGGUACGGUUUCGUAUGAUAAAAAAAAAAAUGCAGGUUUUAGAAAGUGCUGUACUUGAUUGAUUUGUAUGAAGAAAAAAUAUUUUAAUUAAGAGAAACUUGUGGGAUUGAUUAAAGGAUAUAUACUGAGAAAAGGUUGUACAAGUGUGUGUAUGAUUAUAAGAAUCAAUUGGAAAUAUCCAAAUGAUUUUAAUAUUUUAUGUUAGAAAUCAAUAUAUUUAACAAAUGAUAUGACUAUUUUUAAUAGAUUCAUCAGUAUUUUUAUUUCUAAAUGGACCAGUGUAUAUUCAGAAAAAAGAAAAAACUCUUUGCAAUAGUAUUUUUGAUGUAAAUGUUGUUAGAUUUUUAAAAAGUAUUACUUUUUCUCAAACACUCUUAAAGUAGCAUCACAUAUAAAGAAAACUGUUAAAUAUGUUGUUGGAAGAUGAGCAGAGAUGUUAUUUUUGUUAGAUUUUCUUGAAGUAUUUUUCAUUCUAUUUUAGAGCUUAUUGGAAUUAUUUCAAAUACUAUUUUGUUUCUUCUCUUUUUUCAGCAAUCCUUUUAAUCUUAAUCUUCCUUUUUUUUUCUUCUAAAUAGUAUUUAGUACAGUAAUCACUACUGACGUUGAAUGUAGGGUGAUGGUUAUUAGUUAAUUUCUAACAAAAUUAUAGAACUCUAAUUAACUUUUGAUUUGAAAAUUAAUUACAUGUAAACUAAUUAAAGAAAAGAUUAAUUUAACAGAUAGGCGACAACAGAAGUUUAUUUUCAUCCAACAGGUCUUAACAUUGCUAAAACAACACAUUUUUAAAAAUUUUUUUAAUCAGGAAUGCUUUUUAACAAAUGUUUUAAAUUCCAAAGUGAGGCUGCUGAAAUUUUAUCUUCUCUGUUUACUGCUAAAAAGAAAAUAAUUUAUAGUUUAAACAGCCUCUCAUUUUUCUGGCAGUAAUUCUCAUAUAUUUUACUCCUUCAUAACACUGCUUUAAUGCUUUUUAAUGCACAACAGCAUAUCAGUCUUUUCUUUCUUUCUUUCUUUUUUUUCUUUUUUUUUCUUGUCAUUAAACUAAUUUUUAGUUUCACCACUCUACUUUACCUCUGUCACCAAAUAUCAAUGCUAAAGAACAGAAACAACCUCAUGCUUCUUAUUCUUCAAACAGUCACAACCUAGAUGCAUUUCACUGUGCCACACCAGGGAUCAGUGGCACUCAUUAGCUUUGAUGGGUCCUGAAUUUCAUGUUGUGUGUCUCUUCUACUAAUAUCAAUGUAGGUGAGUGGUCUUUACCUUCUACUAGGAUGCAGAAGUCUCCGAAAUACUGGUUUCAAAUCUUGGUGCAAGACCAGAAAUUUGAACUCAGAGCACAGAGGUGGACAAAAUGUUGCUAAACAUUUUGCCCUGUGUGCUAAUGAUUCUGCCAGGUUGCUUCUUUAUAGAAAUCUCCAGAAUAUACUGUUUGAUAUGGCCUGGUAUGCAACACGAUAACAGUAGCUAGUUAAUCCUCCUCUGUAUUGGCAACGAUUAUAGACAUCAGUGGGAUGUGUUCAUAAAUCACCUCUUUAAGAGUUUGCU